CGAGUUGGCCGCGCUCAAACUUGUCAGGACGUGAAGAUAUGGCGGGCUCCAGCAGCGAAAACGUGCGUCGCCGGGCGGAAAAAUUUCUAACGGAUGAAGAAAUAGAGCAACUACUCAAUCAGAGUGAUGUAGAUGUGUCGGACGACGAAGACACCGUGGACUAUUUCCACGACAGCAGUGACGAUGAAACUGAUAGUGGUGACACUGACACAGAAGUCCCACGAAGCAAGGGCCAAGAAAAAGACAAAAGGCGUGAUCCUUUGUGGAAAGUCAAAGACUUCCCAGCCCGCUUCGCGGAUUCGCCAGUUUUGCCUGAAGUCCACUCGAACGCCCCCAGUUCAGCAUUCAACUAUUUCAAGAAGUAUUUUCCAGAGAGUUUCUGGAAGUUAUGCGCAGAUCAGACGAACCUCUACUCUGUCCAAGUGCGAGCUCACAGAUCAGUGAAGACAACUUCAUUGGAGUUGCAGAAACUGGCCGGAAUUCACAUGAUCAUGAGUCUUUUUGGACUUCCGAGGGCUAGGCUGUAUUGGUCUAGUACGUUGGCAGUGCCGCUUGUCACCGAGAACAUGGUGCGCGACCGAUUUUUCGAGCUGCGUAGUAUGUUGCACUUCGUCGAUGUGACAGCAAUCACGGAAGCCCAAUCGCAAAACAAGUUGUUUCGAGCAGAGCCUAUUUUCGAGUGCUUCCGAAAGGCUUGUCUUGAGCUUCCUCGCCCGGAAAAGCUCUCCAUCGACGAGCAGAUGAUACCCUUCAGUGGACGGUGUCCUGCUCGUCAGUAUGUCCCCAGUAAGCCAAACCCCGUUGGCUUGAAGAACUUUGUCCUGGCCACAACUGAGGGGCUUGUACUUGACUUUGUGAUUUACACGGGGAAAGGAACCGUUCCCGAUCAUGACCUGAAGGAACUUGGACUUGGUGGUGCAGUCGUAAAGCGCCUUCUUGAAACAGUCCCGACCGAACAACCCGUCCAAGUGUUCACAGACCGAUUCUUUACAGGUCUGAAGCUAGCAGACUUUCUCAUCGAAAGGAACAUUUACUUGACCGGCACAGUUAUGUCCAACAGAACAGGAGGAGCAGCAGCAAAGCUGCCGAGCGACAAAGAAAUGGCGCGGGGCGACUCAUGUUGCGUUGUUCGCAACGACGAUAAGGUCUGCAUUACAAAAUGGAAGGACAAAAAAGGAGUCACCCUGCUUUCGGCUGCGCUCGGUAUUUCGCCGGAAGGAAAAUGCAAAAGGUGGUCCAAAGAAGAAGGAAAAAAGGUUGAAAUACCUCAGCCAGCAUGCGUCAAGGCCUACAACACGGGCAUGGGCGGUGUGGAUCUAACUGACAGAUACGUCUCCUAUUACAGGACCAAAAUACGUACAAAAAAGUGGACCAUUAGGGUUUUUGCUCACUUUCUGGACCUGGCGACGAUAAACUCAUGGAUAGAAUAUCGGAGUGACUGCAAGCGUUGUGGCGUUGCAAGGAAAGACACUUUGGACCUUUUCGAGUUCAAGAGUAGGAUCGCCGAAGCGCUGAUUCGUUCAUGUCCGAAAGUUCAAGCUGAUGGAGAGGAAGAUGCUCUGGAGUCAGAUGAAGAAAGUGAGUCCGCUCCCCCAGCCAGAAAACAGCGGAAGGUAGUUCCACUUCCGGUCGAUGAGGUCCGCUUCGACAUGUACGGACAUUUUCCUGAGCACGUACCCUGCAAGUCGCAGAUGAGAUGCAGAAAUCCCGGCUGUACCGGAAAAAGCCGCAUCCGGUGCACAAAAUGCGCCCUAUUUUUUUGCUUGCAAAACAGGAAUUGUUUUCGCGAUUUUCAUACUUCCAAGACCUGAGGUACCCACUUGGGCACAACGUUUUUCUCCCUUGCAUGUGAAAUGAAUGUUUUUUCUUUCUGGGCAAAUGUAUACCAAUACCACUCUUGACAUAUUAAAUGAGUUUCAUGUUUUUUUCUUUGGUACUUUUCUCUCAGGUCUGAGGAGG